AUGUAUGCGAUUAUCCUAAUUUAUGCUUUAUAUUUCAUUACUAAUGGAAAGUUUGAACAUGUAUCAGCAAGAAUCGUGAAGUCAGACAAAUUAUCAGAUUCAUUUGCUUCAAAGAUGCUUACCUUGAACAUUUUGACAGAUCCUAAUUUCCACAUACCACAGAAAUCAAAUAAUCGAACUUCAUGCAACGGUACAGAUAAAUGUGAACUUCAAAAAUCAAGCAAAAAUGUUUCUAUCACCACUACGAAUUUACCUCAGACACAAGUUCACAACUCUACAGUAGCUCCCCACGCCCCAACAACAACACACCAGAAAAUUUCACAAAAUCAUACAAUUGCUCAUGGAACAAAAGCAACUACUGCUGCACCUAUUGCUCAUGGAACAAAAGCAACUACUGCUGCACCUAUUGCUCAUGGAACAAAAGCAACUACUCCUGCACCUAAGUCAUUCCUAAAAAAAGUUGGUGAUGGAUUUUUUGAUUUGUUCAGUGAACAAGAGUUUCAUCCAAUAAAUCAAAAGAGUUAUUUGUUCAAUUUCUGGUACCUUUUCAGAUCAUCAUUCCUGAAUUUGAAGAAUAUGAAAACUUUAUUACUAGGAAGUUAAAUCGUUUACCGUCAGUCGUUUCGAACAUUCAGAAAAAUAUACGCUGGAAUAUUCACUAAACAAUGUUGUCUUUACAAUAAAUUAUCAGAUAUUUUUCAUUUUGUCUUAUUUUUAUUUAAACUUAUUACUAACAACAAUGAACAAUCGAAAUAAAUAUCACUUGAAUAA